AUGGCGUCGGGCACUGGCACGGUCAAGUCCAGCCUCUCGCUGGCAUUGCCCAAGCCUAAACUGGUCUCGCGGAGAAAGCUCAGAAAGUACUCCUGGCUGUUCGACAUCUUCACCGUCGAAGGCUCGAUCAUCGGUCGUAUCGUCGGUCCCGUCUUGACGGUGACCAUAUUUGCCACCGGCGUCGCAUACCUUUGGUCCAAAGGGCACGAUGUCCAUCUUACUAAUUCGGUAAUCCCCGUUGUCGCCGUCGUCGUCGGUCUCAUCCUUGUCUUCAGGAACGGGACGUCCUACGACCGUUAUUACGAGGGCCGUAAAGACUGGGGCACCCUCUCCUCCCAUGUCCGCAACCUUACCCGCCUUAUCUGGAUAAACGUCUCCCUCCCGCCUCCUGGCGCGGCCAAAUCCACUCCCCAAUUCCCUCUCCUCUCGGACAUCACCCCGGAGCAGCUCCGCAGACGCAAGCGGCGCGUCAUCAAACUCGUCCUCGCCUUCGUCUUCGCGACCAAGCACUACCUCCGCGACGAAGACGGCUCGCACUGGCCCGACCUCCGCGCCGUCCUUCCCGCCGGCUUCGCGCGAUUCGACGAGAGCGGGUACAGCACGCAGCGGAACGACUCGGCGGACCACCUUGGCCAGCGCUCGCGGCAUGAUUCGUCCGCCGCUCAGAGCCAGAACGGCGGGAAGGGCUACGCCGCGAUGGAGUCCUCGCACGACUCGCUCACCCCGACGCCGACGCUCCUCGGCGCGAGCAGCCACACCGCCGCGUCCUCGCGCAACGCGACCAAGCGCGUCCGGCCCAAGCGGUCCAAGAAGAAUCUCGCCGCGGUGACGAGCACGACGCCGCUCCUCGGCUCGUCCCAGCAUACCUCGCACACGACGGUUGAGUUCCACCCCCACGCGGAUGCCGCUAGCCUGCCUCUGCCGCUCCUGCUAGCGCACGAGAUCAACCGCGCCCUCUUCCUUUUCAAGCGCGAUGGCCUACUGGAGACCGUUGGCCCCGCGGGCACAAACGCGAUGAAUGUGCUCGUGCAGGGCAUGGUCGACAUGCUCACCAACAUGGAACGCGUCGCGAACACGCCCAUUCCCAAGUCCUAUCGCAUCCACCUGAAGCAGGCCGUCGGUCUCUACCUCUUCGCGCUUCCGUUCACGAUGAUUCAGGACCUCGGCUGGGGCAUGAUUCCGAUCGUGACCGUCGUCGCGUUCACCUUCAUGGGCAUCGAGGGCAUCGCGGACGAGAUCGAGAUGCCGUUCGGGAGCGACGAGUCCGACCUCCCGCUCGACACCUACUGCGCGGAUCUGAAGGAGGAGAUCGAGUACCUGCUCGAGCGUCUACCCGAAGGCGGCGAAGGCAUGGCCGGUUUCGAUGACGGCGAGGGUGACGACUAG